AUGGCAACGGCGUCAUCUUCGUGGCUACCGUCUCUGACUACCAACGCUUUGGCGUUCGGCGCUGCGAGCUUUGCGUCUUCGGUGCUGUGCACGCUCUUUUCGCUAUACGUGACUCCUGUCUUCACCAGUGUUUACAAGGCAAGUGCUGUGCAUUUCUACGCCAGCCACGUCGUCUUCGCCAUCUGGAAUGCCAUCAACGACCCUGCCUUCGCGUGGCUCAUCGACAACACCACCGCUUCAGGCGGAGACCGCAGGUUGCCGGCCAUCAAGUACGGAGGCCCGCUGUGGUGCCUGGCCUUUCUCAUCCCGUGGUGGCCUUGGUCUUCCGAGCCGGGCUCUUUCCUCGUCGGCUUGCACUUUUGCGUCUCCAUCUGCAUGUUCGACAGCUUCCUGACCUACGUGCUUCUGGUGCAUUGCGCCCUUCUAGCUGACCUCACUACCGACAACACCUUGCGGAACAACUACAACAACGUUGGCAGCCUGCUGGGCGUCGCGGGCGGUGCGGCAGGCGCGGUCUCGUACUUCCUUUACGACGGCAAGGACAUGGCCCCCUUCCGGUCCUUCUGCCUCGGGGCAGCGGCCGCCUCGUGCCUCGGCUUCUGGUGGACUGGAACACGGCUGGACGUGGGAAGACUAGACACGUUCAGGAGAGAGGUCCCAGAACAAGACCCGCUGCUCGAAUCCACCCCCCCGGCCUCCAUCACACACACGGCGCCGCUCGACGGUGCAACCAAACCCAACUCCCGGAAUAACCAAGGCGCCGCCGUCGGCAUGCGUUCUCGAACUCCUACGAGGGACAGCGGUCCCGCUGGUUCCGGCGGGGGCGAGGGAGAGGCAGCAGCGGUAGCAGCGGGGAGGGGGGUUUCGCUGAUGGGAAACGCUCCGUUGUCACCGAAGACGACCGCGGGGGGCGCCGGGGCUAGGGGCGGGCGGGAGCUGUCGUUUUGGGGGUUCACGAAGCAGCUCUCUUCCCACGGGAAUUUCUGGCUGUACGUGCCCAGUUCCAACUUCAACGCCCUCUUCGACCAGUCCUUCUUCGUCUUCCUUGACACGAAGCUCUUCGAGAUGGUCGUGCCGAGGGGGCCACACGGGGUCCUCACCGCCCUCUGCCUCUACGCCCCGAAGGUGCGGAAUACGGCGUUGACCCGCAUCCUUAUGACCCAGGUCCUCACGCCCGUCGCGGACCGGUACGGCACCUACAAGCUCAUCAUGGGGGCGGCCCUUUUCAAGCUAGUCGCCGGGGUGCUGAUGUUCGCCUGCGGUAGGCAGGCGUGGCCGAUGUGGACGCUUCUGUUUCUAGGAAACCGCCUGGCGGCGACCGCUUGGGGCUUCUACAACCUGUCGUUCUCCGAUGUGAUAGACGAAGACACCCUCCGCAACAAGAGGCCGGAGAGCAUGUCGGUGUCGGUACACGGACUACAGGCGCUCUUCGUCAAGCCGGCGCAGAGCCUGGCGCCUAUGGUCGGCAUGGCUUUUCUGCCCGCGGGGGCGCUGAAGACAGACCUUGUGGACAUGACCAUGCGGCAGGCGGAAGGAGUUCAGGCGGCGGCGUUCACGCUCAUGUGGGCAGUGCCAGCCGGGUGCGGACUGGUGCAGGUGCUGAUCUGGCGAGCCUAUCGGCUGCACGGAGCGGCACUCAAGGACAUGAAAAUGAAAUUGAAGGAGUGGGAGAGAUUUUUGAGCUACAAAAGUGACGAUGCGACGGGCGUGGGGAUGGCGUAGUAGCCGCUACAGGCGUGCAGGACGCUCCUUGUUGAUAGUCACGAUUGUUGAGGUUGUUGUGUGGUCCCUGUUGUUCAUUAAUUCGGCGUUUGUUGUGCUUUCGUUCCAUCUGUUGUGGGCACCAGUCUACGCCAUGCGGUGUAUGCUUGAGCGGGAUGCCUGGUUUCUUGGUAGCCCCGCCCACAAUUCUUCAUUGUCAGUAUCGUGUUCAUCUUAGAAGGGCGUUUUUUUGUUUGUUUGUUUGCUGGGUUGUACCAUCUGAGGGGUUUGUCUACAGGGUGCCACCACACGGCCAUGUAGACUGACCAGAUACCUUUAUUAUUCACUGCAGUCGCAGUUCGGAUAAUAUGUAGGAGACCAGACUCUUUAUUAUUCCUCUUUUGGAUCGGCUUCUUCCUUUCGUGACACUCCACCGGUC